AUGUCCGCGUGGGCCUCCGGAAGUCUGGCAGAGAAGCUAAAGCAGCAAAAGCUGGCCGCUGCGAACGGUAUUGGGACCGCUUUACUGCCUGCCGUUCCCACGGGCUCGGCCACAGUGAGCGCUAGCGGCCAAAAGAAGAACAACAACGCUUCACCCCCCACCCCGCCUGCGGUGCAGGAAGAUGUAGUGCCUAACGAGAACAGAAAACCGAUAGCCUCCAGCGCCUGCGAAAAGCCGCAGCUGCACGAAGCGGCGAAACCCGUCCAUCUUGGUCCCAUUUCUUUUCCCCAUGAAUUGGCGAAGCUGGUGUCGUCGGAGUUUAACUUUGUCGGUGUUGUGACGAAGGCCCCGAUGGCGUUGGGGGAGACCAGAGAACCUUUAACGCCCAACUUCCCGGAGAAGAAAUAUCCGCCACGAGCGUUUGGUUCAAGAAAUGCAUAUCACGAAACCUCACAGAUGGGUAACACUGGCCAUGCCUACCCGGUACAACAAAAUCAUCACUAUUAUUAUUAUCAUCAUCACGAGCAGCAGCAGCAGUAUCAGGAUCAGGAUCAGGCACAGAACCAAUACUAUUUUUAUAAAUAUCAGACACCGCAACAGCAACAACGUUCCAUGCAACAAGGCAUGACGGGGCAAGCUUAUCACAGUGCAUACAGCUCAUUACCGUAUAACAUGAGCCCGCAUGCCAUGCCAUACCACCCACGCAUGUACAACAGGUAUCCGGGCAUGAAUAUGGGUAUGGGUAUUUACGGUGGGAUGCAAGGAUAUGGACGUUUCUCGCUUCAGGGAAGACCUGCAUACUACCCACCACCGCAAAACCAUAUGGACCCGUACAUGUCGCCGCAUCAGCAGUAG